CCCUCCCCUGCCCCCUCCGCCAAGCCAUAUCAAUUCACAUUCUGAUCAACAUUUUGCCAAAGAGAUUUAUGAAGAGGACGAAGAGGAUGAUGAUGAAGAGGACCUUGAUGAGACUGAAUCGUCCUCUGGUCGUGUAGUGACGACUGUACCGGCACGGGAACCUAAGAUGGAUGCUCAGCCGCUGAAACCAGCGCUGAAGAAACCUAGAGACUUAAACGGCCGCCAGCAGCAGGAUAAAUCUCAGAAUUCCAGAAGGCCAUUAAUGCCUAGGAUUAGAUUUAGUCCGUCGUGUUUCAGCCUGGGUGGGCGGGACCGUCGAGGUGUACAGUACGCGUAUACGGACAAGGAGAAUAUUCCUCAUCAAGAAGAGGACGAAGAUGGACCCAUCUUGUACAGGGACGAUGAUGAAAACGAAGACGAUGCUGUGAAACUGACGAAAAAAGAGAGUUUGAGUAUAAAGCUCUCCCAGCGACCUGGUAGACAAGAACUAAUAGACAGGAAUAUUCUUUUCCAGAUGUCCGAGGACGAGAGAAGGACAGAUCGGAGUAUUAUCGGAGCCAAGCUCAUCCGUCGUCUCAGUCUCCGGCCAACAGCAGAGGAGCUAGAGGAGAGAAAUAUUCUUAAAAAGUCUAGUGAUCAGCAGAGAUUGGAAGAGAAGGAAGAGAAGAAAAAAUAUUUACUCAGAAAAUUAUCAUUCAGACCAAGUGUAGAUGAACUCAAAACCAGAAAGAUAAUAAAGUUCAAUGACUAUAUUGAAGUAACCCCGUGCCACGAAUAUGACCGGCGCGCUGACAAACCUUGGACCAGGCUCACGCCUAAGGACAAGGCCAACAUUAGAAAGGAACUCAACGAUUAUAAAUCCUCUGAGAUGGAUGUUCACGACGAUAGUCGGCAUUUAACCAGAUUUCAUCGACCGUAAGCAACUGCAGACACUAGAGAAACAUUUUCAUUUAAAAAACUCACAUUAAAAUUCCUACAGAUGGUUAUCCUGGAGACAGAUAGUUAACCUGGAAACAGAUAGUUAACCUGGAAACAGAUAGUUAACCUGGAAACAGAUGGUUAAUAUGGAAACAGAUGGUUAAUAUGAAAACAGAUUGUUAACUUAGAAACAGAUUGUUAUCCUGGAACAGAUUGUUAACUUGGAAACAGAUAGUUAACCAGGAAAAAGAUUACUAACUUGGAAACAGAUAGCUAACCUGGAAACAGAUAGUUAACCUGGAAAUAGAUAGUUAACCUGGAAACUGAAAGUUAGCUUGGAAACAGAUUGUUAACCUGGAAACAGAAAGUUAACCUGGAAACAGAAAGUUAACUUGGAAACCGAUUAUUAACCUGGAAACAGAUAGUUAACCAGGAAACAGAUGGUUAACCUGGAAAGAGAGUUAACCUGGAAACAGAUAGUGAACCUGGAAACAGAAAGUUAACCUGAAAACAGAUUGUCAACCCGUAAACAGAUUGUUAACCUGGAAACAGAUUGUUAACUUGGAAACAGAUAGCUAACCUUGAAACAGGUAGUUAACCUGGAAACAGAUAGCUAACCUGGAAACAGAUAGUUAACAGAUAUACAGUUCGAUAAAAUCCAGUGUUAUUCAACAACUUAAAAAAUCCCACAUAUUUUCAUAUUUGUCUAAGAUGAUAAACAUUUAUAUUUCACCCCCAUCUUGAAAAUGCGAUAAAUAAGGUACUUCUUUCCAUUCCAAGAAAAGCUUCCUUAAAAGAUCCCCAAAAAAAUUAUAAAGUAAUAUGUUUCCAUUUAAUAAAGAUAUUUUUAAAAUAAUUUUACCAAAAAAAAACUUCCCAUUCCUUCUAAUAAAACAAUAAAGAUGCUAGUAGAAGAAUCUGUUUUACUAAACUCCUUCUUGUCCAAUUGCUAAGAGAAGAAUUGUUAGAUUUUUUAAAUUAUUGAUUCUAUUUGUAUGUGUACAAAUAUGCUACUGUACAGUGUACAACAAUACAUACAGGUUUAACUCCAAAACUGUGCUUCAAAUAAUGUACUCUCAGCAGCUGUUGGGUUAAAUGCGCGGCAGUAAGCGCGAGUAGUUAAAUGCAAAGACGACAGUGAGAGCGGGUUUGCCGCGUGUCGGUGCUAAGUUAAUGAAUUGUUAUGAUAAUGCUCUGUGAUCAAGUGUUAAAGGUGAAAAUGAAAGAAAUUAGAAUUUUAGAAUUUUUCUCCCAAUUUUCAACCCCCAUCUCUUCAAUACUCAGUACUUAAUAAAAUGCAUCCCAUUUUUAAAGAAAUAACGCAAUAUUUAAUUCCCCCUCCCCCCAAGCACGGUAUUAUUAGCGGUAACCCUAAACUUGACCUAGCUCAGCUGUUAAUUUGAAUAUUUCAUUGAAUGCUGUGAUCGUUAUUUGUAUUAUACUAGUAGAACAAUGUGUAUUAUUUCCCCCUCGGACCCAUAAGGUUUUCAUACUGGACAAAUUGUUAAACUGGAAAACUUUUCAGUUAUUUUAACCCUUACAGACCGAACAUGUUUUAGUUAUUGUAUCUAUAUCUAUCUAUCUAAUGAAUUUGGAUGGUCUCACUAGUUAAACUAAAUUGAAUUAUUUGUGAUUUGUUUUUAUAUAUCUAAAUAUUCAACCUUUUUAUUGACACAUUUGACAAUACAUAUUGAAAUAAUUUAA